AUGCCCGGCCCUCGAGCCCAGCAAGACCACUACGUCGCCCUCAACGCCAGGGUCUACCAGUCGUCGACGAAUGGCGAAGCGCCAACCUUUGCCGAGUGCAUGGUGGUCAAGGACAGCAUCAUCCAGCACGUGGGCGCAGCGACGGACCACGCCGUGGCCACCGCCCGGGCCGCCGGCGCCCACGUCCGGGACAUGCAAGGCCACACGGUCCUGCCCGGCUUCAUCGACGGCCACCUGCAUCUGCUGCUCGUCGGCCAAUCGCUCAACAAGGUCAGCCUCGACGACUGCAGGUCCCUCGACGACAUCCGCACCGUCAUCGCCCAGUACGCAAGGGCGCAUCCGCACGUCUCCCGCAUCUUUUGCCGCGGCUGGAUGCACUCGAUGACGCCCGCCGGCGUCGACGCCUCCCUGCUCGACGACCUGGACUCGAGGCCCAUCUUCGUCGACACAAAGGAUCUGCACUCGACCUGGUGCAACACGCCCGGCCUGCGCGAGGCGUGCCGCGUCAUGAACAUCUCCUCGGACACCCCGGACCCAGCGGGCGGCAACAUCCAGCGCGACGCGGCCGGGCAGCCCAACGGCGUCUUCAACGAGAGCGCCGUCUUUCAGCUCAUGUGGCCCUUUGUCGCGAGGGUCACGUCCGUCGACGAGAGGAAGGAGGCCAUCAAGGCUGCCUUUACCGCCUUCAACGCCGCCGGAUACACGGGCAUGAUUGACAUGGCCAUGGACGACAACAUCUGGGAGCCGCUGAUGGAGCUGCGCAACAGCGAGGGCGCCUUCAACAACAUGCGCGUCGCCGCUUACUGGCUCAUGAAGCCAGAGGGCUCCCUGGACCAGGUGCUCGCCCAGGUAGACCGAGUCGCCGCCCUCGCCAAGCAGUUCCACGCCGACACAACGCCCGACUGCCGCAUUGUCGGCGUCAAGGUCAUCUGCGACGGCAUCGUCGACGCCUGCACGGCCUCGCUAACAGAGCCCUACUCCACCGGCCAGCACCCAGACCCGAUAUGGCGCCAAGAGGUGCUCGACGCCCUCGUCGCCCGGGCCCACACCGCAGGCCUCCAGGUCGCCCUGCACGCCAUCGGCGACAGCACCAUCCGCAUGGCCAUUGACGUGCUGGAGAGGAACACGGACCGAUCGCGCAGGCCGCGCAUCGAGCAUCUCGAGCUCGCCUCGGCCCACGACGCCGCGCGCCUCGGAAAACUGGGCAUCACCGCCUCCAUCCAGCCCGUACACUCGGACCCGGCCAUCCUGCGCGCCUGGCCGCGCCUCAUCGGCCCCCAACGCUGCGAGCGCGCCUUUGCGUAUCGCGACUUUGCCGACGGCGGCGCGCCGCUGGCCCUCGGGUCCGACGCCCCCACCGCGCCGCACCAGCCGCUGCCGAACCUGUACGUGGCGACGACGCGGCGUUCAUUUCGCGAGCCGGAGCUGGAGACGGUCGUCAACGCCGAGUUUGCCCUGUCGAUCGGCCAGGCCGUUGCGGGGGCGACGCAUGGCUCAGCCUACUCGUGCUUUGCCGACCGGUGGACGGGGAGCUUGCGGCCGGGGCUCAAGGCCGAUUUUGUCGUCUGCCAGGUAGAGCUGACGCCGGACAAGCUCGUCCAGGGCCGAGUCAUGGAGACGUGGUUUGAGGGCAAGAAGGUCUAUCCGGCGUAG